GCUGUGUACAUAUUCGACAUAUCGCUUCACAUUUGCUCUGCGCAUGGUUGGCUGUCCAACUCUCGCGGCGCGUCCACUCGCUUUCUGGUUACCAAUGCCGCAAGGUCACGCAUUCUAUCCUGCCCGCGCUCUCGCGGUCACGCUCGCUUUUCCUUGAUGAGGAGCUUGGAGCUAUUGGUUUCGAUGCGCAGCCGUACACUCGCUUAAAGUCGCUCCAGCAUGCCACCUUCCUUCACCUUCGCCGACACUGAUGCAGCAGUGGCUCGUGAUGCUUCCAUCCGCCCGAAACCCACGCCUUUACAGGCAGCACGCGCGCACUGGAACAUGGCCGUAGGGGCGCUCCACAACUUUGUCUUGCUCUGGUACAAGGUCCUCAUCUGUGAGCUUCUCCUGCGCCAGAAGCCGCUCGGCCCGUCUAAAGACGGCCGCAGGAUCCCGCUACGUGUUGCCCAUGGCAGGCAGCUCAUCGACGAGCGGAGAGCUCGUCCCUACAUAUCCAACACCAUCCGGACGUCGCGCUACACGCUGUGGGACUUCCUGCCCAAGCAGCUUAUCUUCCAGUUCACCAGGCUCGCCAAUUUUUACUUCUUGUGCGUCGGCAUUCCCCAGACCAUCCCGGGCAUCAGCACAACGGGCAACUAUACCACUAUCCUGCCGCUCCUAUUCUUCGUCCUCUUGACCAUUGCGAAGGAGGGCUAUGACGACUUCAAGCGGCACAAGCUCGAUAAUGUCGAGAACACGACCCUGGUCAAGGUCUUGCGGCCCUUGUCCGUCAGAGAUGUGGAGGACAAGCCCGCCACACACUGGGAUCUAUUACGCAAACGCAAAUCGGAGCAGCGUGCGACAGCACACAUCGUUGAAACGCACGAUGACCACGACAAUGAAUUUGCAUGGCGCAAUGCCUUUUGGCAGGAUGUCCAAGUCGGCGACAUAGUUUCUGUCUCGCGAGAUCAGCAGGUUCCCGCUGACCUUGUGCUGCUCCAUGCAACAGGAGAGAACGGUCUGGCUUUCAUAGAUACCAUGGAUCUAGACGGCGAAACGAACCUCAAAACACGGGAAACUAUGCCGGACCUUCAAGAGUGCGAUACCAUCGCCGGCAUCCGCAACUGUAGCGCAGAAUUCAUCGUCGAAGAUCCAAAUGCCGAUCUCUACCGUUUCGAUGGACGGAUACAAGUCCGUGAUCAGACACUCCCGCUUACCUCAAAUCACGUUAUAUAUCGUGGCAGCACCCUUCGAAACACGUCUCGGGCAGUCGGCAUGGUUAUCAACACGGGGGAGGAAUGUAAGAUCCGUAUGAACGCUAACCAGCAUCCCGAGGCCAAAAAGCCGGCUCUUGAAUACACAGCCAACAAGAUUGUCCUGCUUCUGGCUGUGUAUGUCAUCAUCUUGACGGUCGGCUGUUCUGAAGGGUACCGGAUGUGGCAGAGGUCGACAGAGCAGAACUCGUGGUACAUUGCAGGAGCCCCGGUCGAGUAUCACCAGACCUUUUUGGGAUACGCUAUCAUGUUCAACAACAACAUCCCUCUGUCCCUAUAUGUCACGCUGGAAAUCAUCAAGAUUGGCCAGCUGCUGAUGCUCAAUGGCGAUAUCAUGAUGUACGAUAAGGCAAGCGACACUCCGGCUCAAUGCAACACGAACACGAUCCUGGAGAAUUUGGGUCAAGUAAGCUACAUCUUUUCUGACAAGACUGGGACUCUCACCGACAACAUCAUGAAGUUUCGCAAAAUGAGCGUUGCUGGAACGUCCUGGCUUCAUGAAAUGGACCUUGAGCCUGAAAAGGAUACCCUGGUGGUCCCACCGUCGCAGGCCGCAGAGCCACCGCUUGACCCCAGAGGCGAGCAUCGGCCGAGCUUCGCAGUUGGCAGAGACGAGGUUAUCGUGGAGGAUGUGGAAAUGGGACCUUUGCCGUCACCACUCUCUGCUGGGCCACCACAGCCACUCCGGAGGUCCUCAUCUCAGUGGCGAUCGACGGGGCGUCCUGACCACAUCCAACCAGAGGUCACCACUACCGACUUGCUUGAUUUUGUGCGGGCAAAACCUGCGUCGGCUUUUGCCAAGAGAGCACAGGACUACGUGCUGUGUAUGGCCCUAUGUCAUACAUGUCUUCCUGAGGUCGUGAAUGGCAAGCUGGACUAUCAGGCGUCGUCACCGGAUGAAUUGGCACUUGUUAGAGCUGCGAAGGACCUGGGCUACGUUGUCAUUCGUAGAACAUCCCAAUCAAUCACUCUUCAAGUUGCUCAAGCCGAUGGCUCGCAAGCAGAGGAGACAUACCAGAUCCUCGAUGUUAUCGAGUUCAGCAGCAAGCGCAAGCGAAUGUCGGUCGUUGUUCGCUUCCCCGAUGGGCGGAUCUGCAUCAUCUGCAAAGGCGCCGAUUCGGCAAUUCUUCCGCGUCUCACGCUCGCUGACGUGGCCAAGCAGAAGGCAUCAGAGGUGCGCAAGAGUGUGGACAUGGAGCAUGAGCUUAUGCGUCGAAGCGAGCAGCAGGAGAUACGUAAUAGCUUCGGUGGCCGUCCCAGCUUGACAAUGCUGCGCACAAAGUCCGGACUCAGCGCUAGUGCCGUUUAUACAUCAGGAAGGAACAGCCUGGCUCUCCCACUGUCGGAUAUCGACGUUACGGACGGCGCCAUUCAGAGGAGCGCAUCUACUGACAGGCCUCGUAAAUCCAUGGAUAAACUACAGUCCCGGCUGGGCACCCGAACGUUUUCUCUGGAAGUGCCGCAGUCGACUUCAAUACCAAAUCCCGGAUAUCACAAGCGCCACGAAAUCAACACAGACAAAUUCGCCUUCCUGGAUGAAUAUUCGGUCAUGGACGAAUCAACUGUGUUUAGCAAGUGCUUCCGACAUCUUGAUGACUUCGCGUCAGAGGGAUUGCGCACGCUUCUCUAUGCGAAGAAGUUUAUUUCCGAAGCAGAUUAUGUUGCAUGGAAGAAGGUGUACAGCGACGCGGAAACGAGCCUCGUGGAUCGCCAGGAGAAAAUUGAAACUGCAGGAGAGCUUUUGGAGCAGUCGUUCAACCUGGUUGGAGCCACUGCAAUUGAGGACAAGUUGCAGAGUGGCGUCCCCGAGACGAUUGACAAACUGAGGCGAGCCAACAUCAAGAUCUGGAUGCUUACAGGCGACAAGCGUGAGACGGCGAUCAACAUUGCACAUUCUGCUCGACUAUGUCGUCCAAGCUCCGACAUAUUUGUUCUCGAUGUCACCAAAGGCGCCUUGGACAGCCAGAUUCAAGGCAUUGCGGAAGACAUCCAGUCCGGCUGUCUUCAUAGCGUUGUUGUGAUCGACGGCCACACCCUUUCUGUUGUAGAGAAAUCACCGGCUCUGACAGAUCUGUUCUACGCACUGAUUCCAACAAUCGAUUCGGUGAUCUGCUGCCGAGCUUCGCCAGCCCAAAAAUCUCUCAUCGUCCAGGCCAUCAGACAAAGAGUGCCGAAAGCCCUGACGCUGGCGAUCGGGGACGGUGCCAACGACCUGGCCAUGAUCUCGGCUUCUCAUGUGGGCGUUGGCAUUUCGGGAAAAGAGGGUCUCCAGGCAGCCCGAGUCGCAGACUAUGCGAUUGCUCGGUUUCGAUUCUUGCAGCGACUUCUCCUUGUCCAUGGCCGCUGGAACUACGUCCGAACAGGCAAGUUCAUCUUGGCCACAUUCUGGAAGGAAAUGUUCUUCUAUCUGCCAACGGCCAUGUAUCAGUACUUCAAUGGCUACUCUGGUACAAGCCUAUACGAGAGCUGGAGUCUGACGGUCUUCAACACGCUGUUCACAUCCUUGUGUACCAUUUGCAUGGGCAUAUGGGAGCAAGACUUGAGCGCCGAAACGCUUCUCGCCAUUCCGGAGCUCUAUGUGCAUGGACAGCGAAAUCGCGAGCUCAACAUCCCUAGAUUCCUCGGGUGGAUGUUUGCCGCAGCGAUCGAGGGAAUUUUCGUGUACCUGGGGAUGUGGGCAGCCUACAACGCCUUCGGCCAGCAACCCCGCGACGAUGGGCUCUUUGCCUUCGGCAGUCUUGCAUUCACUAUUGGAGUCGUCUGGGUCAACUGGAAGCUAUUUAUUAUCGAGAUUCACCACAAAACCACAGUGGUCAUGGGUUGCUUCGGGAUAACGGUUGCCGGGUGGUUUGCAUGGUGCGCGUUCCUGGCUGGUAUCUACCCUCUGCAACCUAGUCCGUAUGCGGGCCGGCAGGGGCUUUUUGAGACCUUUGGAAAGGAUCCCAUUUGGUGGGCAACAGGGAUAGCCAUUUGUGUCGUGCUCAUAUGCGUCGAGAUGGCGUAUAAGACAAUCAAGCGAAGUAUGGUCAUCGCCGGGUGGUGGACGUUCCCGCCUUGGAAGCAGCACAGCACGAGUCGCGAUAUGCGAGGCGAAGCGGGUAUGGCCGUAAACGAGAGCAGUUGUGAGAAGUGGGAUCUUGAGAUCUGGCAAGAGCUAGAGAUGGACCCGGCAGUACGAGCAGGGCUGCGACGGAUUCUGCGCGACGAAGGCGUGGAAGAGGGCGAAAUGGCUGAGAGCCCGGCGGGGUUCGGAGCUGAGCCCGGACUGCUCGGCGUCGAGGGGGAGACGACGACAGAUGAUGACAAGAGCAACAGGAUCGGAGCCCCAGCGUAGGUGAGGAGAUGGUGGGUGAGAGUGCGGAGUAGUCCAGUUGGAGAAGUGAGAGGACGCGAGACGCGGGCCCUACAGCUGGCUGAGCAGAGGAUCCUUGUUUCUUGACUUAUUCUGAGAUACCCCCCGCACCCCAUCGAACUUAGAGCUUCGAGAGGUUGUCGAAGCAUGAGUUUGAAGCGAAUCGCCAGCCUCGAGACGAGGCAACAGAAGUAGAUUUCCGCUGCAGGCCUCGAGACGCGGCCUUGCAUAUCCCCCACAUUGGAUCCCCGCAU